AUGUUUAUGGACCGUCACUUCGCCAACAUAGCAAAAAAUCUUUUGGCGGAAGAAGGAAAGAAAUUUACGAAUUGUCGGAUAUGCCAAAGGGAAAAAACUGAACAAACACUAAUAACAACAGCUGCUAAGCAAAGAAUUCAAGAUCUUCUCAAAGAAUACAACCCCAAUCCUGAUUCAAGUGAUGAACCAGACGACCUCCAUAAAAGUAUAAAGACCGUUUAUUUCCGACGCAAUCCGAUGCCAACCGCCAAUUCCUUGACCGUGUCUGUCCCUCUAGGCUCUAGAAAGAGACAACAGGUUCAAAGCUUGUCCGACUAA